AAAAAUCAAUGCCGUUGUCCAGAUUAAAUAUGGCCGUGCCACGUGCUUUUUAUGCGCGUCACACGAGCAGCAGGAAUGCGGGAUUGUAGCGUAACGUAACACGUGUAUUGUGCAUAGGCGAACUACAACAUCACAACGUGGCUGUUUUGAGUCGAAGUUUCCACAAAGCGAGCUGAGGUAGAAUCAAUUGGGAUGGAUCGUGGUGCAUCACGUGGGAAAAACUGCUACAAUUGUGGCAAGCUAGGACAUAUUUCAAGAGAGUGUCCGACUCCAGGCUCUGGUGGAGGCGGUGGUGACUAUGGAGGAGACCAGACGUGCUACAAGUGUGGCAAACCCGGCCACAUUUCAAGGAAUUGCAACAAUACAGGCAGUACUUACAGCAACAGCGCCGAUAAGGAUUGCUACAACUGUGGCGAGGUGGGCCACUUAUCCCGAGAUUGCCCUAAUAAAUCCAGUGGAGGUGGUGGCGGUGGUGGUGGUGGUAGUUACAACAAAGACUGCUACACGUGUGGUAGGAAGGGCCACAUUUCACGUGACUGCCCUAACGCAUCAGGCGGCAACAAGUGCUUCAAUUGUGGAAUGGCUGGGCAUAUUCGGGCUGAUUGCCAAGAACCAUCCAAAUCAGGUGGUGGAUCAGGUGUUGUUUGUUACAAAUGUGGGAAGGAAGGACACUUUGCUCGUGACUGCUCCUCUGGUGGAAACUCUGAUGACAAAGAGACGACCUGUUACCGUUGUCACGCUGUUGGUCACAUUGCACGCGAUUGCCCAGAUGAUGAUAAGAAAUGUUACCGAUGUGGGAAAGGAGGUCAUUUUGCCCGUGAUUGUGAUGACGAGUAGGAAAAGCAGCGAGUAGAGCAAGAUGCCGACAAAAGUUACCAUCUUGAAACCUACAUCCCUAAAUACAGUGAUUAUUACCAGCUAUGUGCUGUGUAGGGAAAUAACAGGUAAAUUUAAAGUAAAGUGAAAGUAAACCAAAUGCUGCCUUUUGUUGACUGUUUGUUGCGAAGAAAUCAACAAUUUGCUGAAGACGAAAAGGUUUGUUAAUGGUUAUUUGAUUUUUCCCAACAAUGAUUGAGUAAUUUCCUUACUUUGUAUGUGUAUUUACAUUUCAAAAAUGUGAGCUUAGGAUCAGUUUGCCAAAUUGUGGGGACAAAGUCAAAGUAGUUUUUGGAACAAUUAAUUUCAAAUGAAGUUUCAAAGUUUAAUUGAUGACAACUAACCUCAUGGGUGAAUGACAAUUUCCCUUUUGUGAGUGUUCCAAAUUGUAAAGUGCUAAAAUGUGAUUAAUGUUUAUGUCAGUCGUGCAGUCUUGCAAAAAAAAACCCCAAAAAUUAAGAAGUCUGGCAAAGAUGGAUAUUUUGGAGAAUGACUUAAACAAUUUUGUAAUUCUCGUAGAUAUAAUUCCAUUCUAAUUUGUAAGUGUUUUUUCUUUUAACUUCCUUUAGCAUAAGCAUUCUCAGUAAAACAUUUAUUUCUUUAAUUCACGCUUCAAAAAAUUUUCUGUAAUACAUUGUACAUGUCAGGAUGUUGAACAAUUGCUAGAUUUUUCGUUUGCUGUUUGAUGUUUAAAUGCCGUUCAUUCCUAAAUGUUCACAUUAGUUUUCAAAUUUUUGUGAUUCACAAGACAAAGUGGUAGUUUUUUCCUUAAUUUUUAAAGUGUAUUGUGUCUGUUAAAAUUGCUGGUAAAAAUGCCCUGAAGUAAUUUGAAGCCUUAUUUUAAGUAUACGUACCUUGUUUUAUUGGUAAUACUGACUGAUCUUUUAUUGGUAAUACUGACUGAUUUCACGAAGACAGGAAUUUAGAGUGAAGCAAAGAAAAUUAUUUUCUUGUAUGCAAAUGGUGACAAUCUGAAGUAGAUUUUGCUUACAUGUAUUCCAGGCCAUAGUGCAAACAUUCAAAAUGAAACUGUCAAAAUAUGAAAUAUCCUUCUUCGAUUGUAAGUAAAUGCAUGUAUUAGGAUCAGGCAUUCUGUAAAAGAAUUGCACCUAGUAUGCUGUCAUUUUCGAGAAAAGAUGAAUUUAUCAUCGUUUUCAUCGUGCUUUUUUUAUAGAAAACCUGCUUUGCGUCAAGAAAAAGAUGAAGCAGUAUGACUUACACUGAGCUGAAAUUUGGACAGGUUAGAUAUAAUAACCUGCUUCACAUUGAUUGUAUUGUUCCUUGAAAAAAAACACAUUUGUCACAAAUGGUGUCCAUUAUCUUUAACAGUAUGGACAAACUUUUAUAAAAUAGUCAAUUUCAAGGGAAUGUAAACUACAAAAAAAAGGGGGAAAAAUCCUGGCCAUUCCAUUUAUGUUUGUAACCAAUUGAUAGCGAUACUUUGUGAUUAUGUAGUGUGUUUAUGUAAAAUUGCUUCGUAAGUGCUACAUACUAAAUAUUAAAAAUUCCUGUCAAUACAUUUUGCAUUGUACUAGUAAUAUCGAUUUGGGUGUGUGUAUAUAGUACGGUAUGCAUCUAUUAGUGUUGUAGUCCAGUCCAUUACAAGUUCAUCACAAGCCUGGUCAAAUUCACAAGUCCACUCAUAAUUCGCUAUAACAAAGGAACGCCUUUGUCAUGAUUCAUUUGAAUAGUGUGACUUGAGACUUGUGUAAUAUUGACUUAGUCUUGUUGACUUAUGAUGGACUUGUCUUCAAGACUAGCAUCUUAUAAGGUUUGGUUUGGUGAGGAAAUUCGUUGUAUUUGCUGGAAACAAAAUGAGGAUUUACAAAGAACUUUUUGUAAUGUACGAAAUUUAAAGGCAAAACAAGUGUAACUGUUUCUACAAUGAAAACAAAGAUGAAGGUUGUCUGUUCAGUGCGUGUACAAUAAACGGAACUCAAGAGUUGUUGACUGAA